UUCCAUCACCAAAAAGAAAGAGAGCAAAAGCCUCUAGAAACCUAGCAUUUGUACCAAAAGCCUGGAAUUCCAGUAUAUCCUUAACAUAGGGGGUGUGCUUGGCUUACUAAAGAAACAAGGCAGCAGCAUCAGCAGGAACAAGCAGGAUCUGCUAUUCUUCUUGCAUAUACUUUUAUUUGUUAGAGGAGGAGGAUUCCAUUAAAGAGAAAAAUGAAGCCUAAACAACUAGAAAGCCUCUUGGGUGAUCUUCAACAAUUCUCAAACCCAGAGGUGGAGCUCGAACAGUAUCCUACUGGCCCUCACAUCGCUUCUCGCUUGCUUUACACCGAAAGAACAUUUUUUUUUCUCUUUUUGGGGCUUCAUUUUCUCGUGCUAUUGGCUAGUUGGGUAUUAAGAUUCUCUUUUUGUUUAUUUGUUUUUGGGGUUUUUUUUAAGGCUGAGAAUUCAUUUGAUGAUAUUAGCAAUAAGGUGGUGGCGGAUUUUGGUUGUGGAUGUGGCACUCUGGCUGCUGCUGCUGCUGCUGCUCUCUUGGGUGCUAAGCAGGUUAUUGGCAUUGAUAUCGAUUCUCAAUCUCUUGAAAUAGCUUCUACGAAUGCAGAAGAUCUUGAGUUAGACAUGGAUUUUAUUCAGUGCGACAUCAGUAACCUAGGAUGGAGAGGUCAAAUUGUUGAUACUGUUGUGAUGAAUCCUCCAUUCGGAACUCGAAAGAAGGGCAUUGACAUGGAUUUUCUAUUUGUAGCAGUGAAGGUUCAACUGUUGUGAUGAAUCCGUUUUGUCUCCAGCUCCGUUUUGACGUCUCUAAACCAUACAAAUUCCACAAGAAAAAGGCGGUGGAUAUCGCCGUGGAUCUAUGGCGAUUCGUCCCCAAACACAGUCCGGAAAAGACGAUCAAUCAUCGAAGUCCAGCUAAAGACCAUACUUGUAGAGUAAUUAAU